AUGUCGGAUGAAACUAUCCAAAUGUCAGUCAUCAAAAACGCUUCAUAUUGCUUAACAUCAUUUCAAAUAAAAACAAAUCAAAUAUUAGAAUUUACUCUCAAUGCGAGAAUUGAACAAUUUAUCACAAAAACUACAUCAUUAAUUAAUCCAAUGAAUAACAAAAUUCUUAAACAUCGGAAAGAAAAAACAAGCGAACUAUUUAGACAUGUUGAUGGGAACAAUGGCAAGGAACAGCAAGACAAAAAUUAA